AUGUCAAUAAAACAAGCUGUAGAAGCUAUUAUAAGGCCUCCACGUUCAACAUAUGAUUUAGCAAAGCUUCCUAAAGUACUUGAAACUGAUGAUGAAGAAGAUGGAGGUGGCCUUUUCGUUAGAACCCCUUUCGAAAUUGAAUUACCAAGAAAGUUAAAAAUGCGAGGAUCAAUUUAUCAUACCGGUCUCAUGAGCAUUAAAAAUCCAGGUCCAUGCCUUGUUUAUAUGCACGGUAAUGCUUCUUCCCAACUUGAAGGACAAUUUUUAGUUCCUAACGUUUGUUCACAUAACAUUUUCGUUGUCUGCUAUGAUUCAAUAGGAUGUGGAAUGAGUGAUGGCGAAUAUGUUACACUUGGCUAUCACGAGAAAGGCGAUGCAGAGUUUUUAUUGAAAUUUUUACACGAAAAUUACCAUUUCGGACCUUUUGUUUUAUGGGGAAGGUCAAUGGGUGCUGCCACAGCUCUGAUUAUCGACGAUCCAAACGUAAAAGGCAUUAUUUCAGACUCUGCAUUUACAUCAAUCAGAAACAUGGUCAAAGCCAUUGCCAAGCAACAUCACGUCGGAACAAUGUUCAUGAAGCCAACUCUAUGGAUGCUUAAAGGUAAAGUCGAAGAGAAAGCCCAUUUUGAUUUCAAUACAGUAUCUCCACUUGAGAUCGUUCCUAAGAAAACUGUACCGGUAUUUUUCGCCCAAGCAACAGAUGACAAACUUAUUCCUUUCGACCAUUGCGAACAACUCUUUAAAGCUUAUGGAGGUUCGAACAAGAAAAUGGUAAAGCUUACAGGUGGCCACAAUGGAAGAAGGCCAUUAGAAUUUGUACGUGAUGGAGUUAAAUUUACUCUUGAACAAUUCGGAAUGCCUACAAAAGGAUUAAUAAUUUCUCCAUGCAGAAACUUACAAAAGUCAGACUUCCACUUUGAAUCCUUCGAUCAAAUGAUCAGCAAUACAGGAACUACUUUCGAUGCUUCCAAUCUACAGAAAGAAGUCGCUGAAGAAGAAGAUCAUGAUGAAUCUUCUUUCCACCCAGAAGAAGAAGACGAAGGAGGAAAUGGAGAAGAAGAAUACUUCGAAGAGGAACAAUUCUUUGAAGAAGUAGCUGUUGAAGAAGGAGAAGAAGAAGGAAAUGAAGAAGAAAACCAAGGAGAAAAAGCUGAGGAAGAAAAGAACGAAAAGAAACAAUAG